CAACUCUAUCGGAAUUUUCAGGCUGAUUAUCAUCGUUCCAGAUAAUGAUUGAGCUAUUUUUACUACCACUUCCGUCUGCAUUGGGUCGGCCAAUAAAUGGUAUGAAAAAAUGCAUGGAUGGAAAGAUCUACAUCUUCAAUGUCGCCACGAAUACAUCGUUCUACACUGGUGAUUGCUGUCAAGGGUUCUCAAAAACUUCCACAAGCAUAUGUGUAGAAGAUAUCGUUCAGCACUCCUUCAACGCGAGCUUAUGGAACAAUUACGGGCGGUGGAAGCGGAGUUGA